AUGCCACCUGAAAUUCCGCAUAACCAUGUCCAUAACCCAUUAUAUUCCAGUUCCUCCUUUCGCUCCCUUAUUCUCUUUUGCUCCCUGUCCAUCCAUUCUGUCUUUGAGGGUUUAGCAAUUGGUCUUCAGUCCAACUAUUCCAGUGCUCUUCAGAUUGCAAUAGCUGUACUUAUUCACAAGGGUAUCAUUGUCUUCAGUCUUUCUCUAAAGUUAAUCCAGAGCAUGACUACACCAGCUUGGUUAAUCACUUACAUAGUAAUUUUCUCUCUUAUGUCUCCUAUUGGGAUUACUAUUGGCAUUAUUGUUACACUAAAAAAGAGCGGCAUAGUGACUCUGGUGCAGACUAUAUUAGCGGGUAUUGCCUCUGGCACAUUUGUAUAUGUCACUUUCCUGGAAAUUCUCCCACAAGAACUCAAUUCAGGAGAGAGACCUAUUUUAAAAGUAUUCUUUAUUAUUAUUGGGUUUACAGUAAUGGCAGUUAUAGCUAUCUGGGCUUGA